AUGUCUCUUCAAGACAUUUUCAAAUCCCCAGCCACUAGUACCCAACAAUUACAAAAAGAGAUAAGGACUAGUAUCUCCAACCUUGAAGCACAAAUGGGAGAUAUAGUUACAUCUAUAAGCAAGUUAGAAUCCCAUGGUAAACUCCCUUCUCAAGCCGAAAAGAACCCAAAUGUCAAUUUGGUGACCUUGAGAAGUGGCAAACAAGUCAGAGAAAGUAGUUCAAAGAAAAAGCCAAGGGAAGAAGAGGAAGAAAUAGAGAUCAUUCCCAUUGAAGAACCUGUAGUCAAGAAUGAUGCACAAGUCAGAGCCCCAAAGAAGACUACCCCUCUAGUAACACCAAUAGCCACUCAGCCACCGUUCCCCUCGCGACUUGCAACUUCGAAGAAGAAUAUGGAGGAGAAAGAGAUUUUGGAUACCUUCCGAAAGGUGGAAGUAAACAUCCCUCUACUUGAUGUAAUCAAGCAAAUCCUGAGAUAUGCAAAGUUCUUGAAAGAACUUUAUACCAACAAGAGGAAGUUGAAGGGAAAUGAGAAAAUUUUGAUGAAUGAAAACGCAUCCACGGUUUUACAAACGAAAUUUUCACCCAAAUGCAAAGAUCCUGGAAUGUUCACGGUUCCUUGCAAGAUUGGAGAUGUCACUUUUAGUAGUUCUAUGCUUGAUCUUUGUGCCUCUAUCAAUGUCAUGCCCUAUUCGGUGUAUGAAUCAUUGAAUGUCGGACCCUUAAGUGAAACUGUUGUCAUAAUCUCUCUUGCGGAUAAAUCAAGUGUCUUUCCUAGAGGUGUUUUGGAAGAUGUCCUAGUGCAAGUGAACCAAUUGGUCUUCCCAGCGGAUUUAUAUGUGAUUGAUCUAGAUGAGAAAGUUUCCUCCAAAUCGACUCUAAUCUUGCUUGGGAGACCAUUUUUGAAGACGGCUAGAACGAAGAUCGAUGUGUAUGUGGGAAGUUUGACAAUGGAGUUUGAUGGCGAAACAAUAAAAUUGUUUGAGUUAUCUAACGGUGAUAUGUUGGAGAUUAUCUUAAGCAAAGGAUUCGAUUGUGGGAAGCUAGCCGACCAACUAAAGCUUUAUUCUUUGGAUCCGGAAGUUGAGAAGUUGGUAAAUAAAAUGGAGAUGAAGAAAUCCACAAGAUUAGAUGUCAAGCAAAUUGAAUUUCCCCCAACUCACACAAAAUUGUCUCCAUCCCUUGUUCAACCACCUGAAUUGGAAUUGAAGGUCUUACCUCAACACUUGAAGUAUGCCUAUUUGGGAAAGAAUGAAACCCUUCCGGUUAUCAUUUCAACUCACUUAACCGAAUUUGAAGAAGAACAACUCAUCAAGGUGUUGAAGGAGCAUAAAGAAGCCAUGGGUUGGACAAUUGCAGAUAUUAAAGGGUUGGGUCCCUCCACUUGUAUGCACAAAUUUUUGAUGGAGGAUAAAUGCAAGCCAAGUCGGGACACACAAAGAAGGUUGAACCCACCAAUGAUGCAAGUUGUGAAGAAAGAGAUUUUGAAGCUCCUUGAUGCGGGGAUGAUCUACCCAAUCUCGGAUAGCAAAUGGGUGAGCCCGGUGCAAGUCGUUCCAAAGAAGACGGGAAUCACAGUGGUCGAAAACAACAAAGUUAUGAUGGUCCCCACCCGUGUGCAAAACGGGUGGAGAGUAUGUAUUGACUACCGCAAACUCAAUGCAAGUACACGAAAAGAUCAUUUUCCAUUGCCUUUCAUCGACCACAUGUUAGAAAGGUUGGCAGGGAAAUCCCAUUAUUGUUGUCUAGACGGGUAUUCCGGUUUUCACCAAAUCCUGGUGGCACCGUAA